GGCGCGGGGCGCUGCGGCGGGCGCGGCAGUUGGGCCCCGGCGCGGCGAGCGGAGGGAGCGGCGGGGCUGUGGUCUAGUUGGUGGGCACUCUUCCAGAUGGCGAUGGACCAUGCCAGAGCGGUGAUUUCUACCUUGUGUGGUGGUGAACCCUCAUCAUACACACGCUUCAGCGUUGCCCGGCAAACAGAUGGAGACAACAGCCACCUGGAGAUGAAGCUGUCUGCUGAUGAUGAGGAAGGAGGGGAAACUGGGAGGCCAGACCACCUGCAUGCCAGAAUUCCUCCUUCACGGAGGAGUGGCAGGAACAUCUGCUUCCCAAUCAUCGCAGCUGUCCUCCUCCUUUUGAUUGGGUUUUUGAUCGGCUACUUGAGUUAUCGUGGACGAAUGCAGAGGGCUGGCAGGUGUCUGGAUGGAAGUGGCAAGUGUGAGAUGACCCCUACUGAAUCUUACUUAGCGGAUGAUGAUGAACCUGAGGAAGAAGUGAUUCCUGGACCACCUGUCCUCUACUGGCCUGAGCUCAGAAACCUGCUGUCAAAAAAGCUGUCAGCUACACGUCUUGAGGACAGCUUAAGGCGAAGAGCAAAUAAGGACUCUUUUGAAGCUGGCCUGAGUGAAGAUGAGAACAUUGCCAGCCACAUUCAUGACCAGUUUACCAGCUUCCUCUUGGAUGAAGUGUGGAAUGAUGAGCACUACAUUAGGCUGCAGGUCAAAGGCAGUAGCAACAAUGACGUGUCUAUUCUGGAAGAUGGUGAAGAAAAGGGAAGACUGGAGAGUCCCAGUGCAUAUGUGGCAUACAGCAAGAGUGGCUCAGUUGCUGGCAAACCAGUCUAUGUGAACUAUGGACAGAAAGCUGAUUUUCAGAAGCUGCAGAUGCGUGGUGUUUCACUGAAUGGUACUAUAACUAUCUUCAGAGCUGGAAAAAUAACCCUUGCUGAGAAGGUUGCAAAUGCCCAAGAGGCAGAAGCAGUUGGUGCCCUGAUGUACCUGGAUCCUUACGAUUACAAGGACACAGAUACACUUGUCCCCUUUGGACACGCCCACCUUGGAACUGGAGAUCCUUACACCCCAGGCUUCCCUUCUUUCAACCACACCCAGUUCCCACCGAUGGAAUCUUCUGGACUACCUCGCAUUGUUGUGCAGACCAUCUCUAGCACAGCAGCAGGCAGGCUCUUCAGCAAAAUGAGUGGUGGAGAGGACUGCCCUCGAGAGUGGAAAGGAGGGGUCAUGGGAUGUAAGGUGAUGCCAAGCAGCACAAGCAACAUGACUGUGAAACUGAAUGUGAACAAUGUUAUGGUGGACAGGAAGAUUCUGAACAUCUUUGGUGCUAUCAAGGGAUUUGAAGAACCAGAUCGGUAUGUUGUGAUUGGAGCCCAGAGAGACUCCUGGGGCCCAGGAGCAGCCAAGGCUGGUGUUGGAACUGCCAUAUUGUUGGAACUUGUCCGUGUGAUCUCAGACAUGGUGAAAAAUGAUGGCUUCAAACCGAGGCGCAGCAUCAUCUUUGCAAGCUGGAGCGCAGGAGAGUAUGGAGCUGUGGGUGCUACAGAGUGGCUGGAGGGCUACUCUGCCACACUGCAUGCCAAAGCCUUCACUUACAUUAACUUGGAUGCUGCAGUCCUAGGCUUCAACCACGUGAAGAUUUCUGCUAGCCCAUUGCUGUACACAUUGCUGGAGAGAACUAUGAAGGGGGUGAAGGACCCAACAAAGAAUUCAGGAACUCUGUACGACAAAGCUGGCUCCGACUGGGUAAAAACAAUUGUUCCCCUUGGUCUGGAUAAUGCUGCGUUCCCUUUCCUGGCAUACUCGGGAAUCCCAGUGGUAUCCUUUGGAUUCUACAAUAAGGAUGAGGAAUAUCCCUUCUUGGGCACUACUCAGGACACUGUAGACAGCCUGAGGAGGAUUAACAAUUUGUAUGAUCUUAUGCGUGCUGCUGCGGAAGUUGCUGGUCAGAUAGCUCUCAGGCUGACCCAUGAUCAUGAGCUCUACCUGGACUUUGAGAGAUACAGUGAAGAAUUGCUUGCAUUCCAGGAGAAGUUUUUGCCCUACGAUCGGGAUGCAAAGGGGCUGGGGCUGACCUUGAACUGGCUGUUUUUCGCCCGUGGUGACUUCCAGCGAGCUACAGACGCGCUGAGAAACGACAUCGCCAACAGCGACAGGGAGAACAGGAUUGUCCGCAGGGCCCUGAAUGACAGGAUCAUGAAGGUGGAGUAUGACUUCCUCUCCCCGUUCCUGUCACCAAAAGAUGCUCCCUUUCGCCACAUCUUCUUUGGCAAGGGCUCCCACACCCUGCAGAGUCUGCUGGAGAACCUGCAGCUGCUGAGAAACAACAGGGACAGCGUGGAUGUGAAGAUGCUGAAAGAGCAGCUGGCCCUGGUAACCUGGACCAUUAAAGGGGCUGCUAAUGCUUUAGUGGGUGACAUUUGGGAUACAGACAAUGAAUUCUAACCAGCAAACAUCUGGUUAAGAUACAGGUUUAGGGAAACCCACUGCCUAACAUGGCAUUUUUUUCCUGUAGAUUUUCUGGCAACAAAUUUUUUUUUACCAAAGUUGAACAAAAAGUUUAAAUCUCACCUUGACAGAUUCACAGGAGACAUUUUUAAAGCAGGUACUAAGAUUACCAUGAAAUCUCUGACCACGCUCCCAUCUGACCACAGUCCAGACCGGUCAUGUACAGCUGCUUGUGGGCCUUGCUCUCCAGUGUACUUGAAAACUAACAGCCCAGGUGACUCCUGAACUGGUACCUUGUGUGGGAAGGUACCUCAUCUAUUUAGGGUUUUAAUUGUUGGCCCCCUAAACCUAGUGACAAAAUAGGGAAUUGAUUCCUCUUGAUACCUGUAAUGAGGAUCCCUUCUCUGGCAGGGAGCUGCAGAGACCAACCUGUAGUUCAAAAAUAAAACAACCUAGUAAUAGCCCACAAGUGCUGGAUUAUCAACAAGCUCUGAAGUGCCCGGCCUGCCUUUACUCAACAGCAGGGCCCCAGUGACAUCUUAGAGGCUUGCUUCUGUCAAGACAAGUCUAAAUACCCAGGGAGAAUGACCCAAAGAUUAUCUAAUGCCCCCUUGAUAUCCCUAGUUGGCACCUCAACAAGUCCUGCGGCAUUGAGAAAUGGCUCUAGACUGGUACUUCAGACCUUGCUGCUCUGGAGCCUUUUGUGAAAUCAAGUCUCUUGCUGGCCAAACCCUGUUUGACUGAUGCCAUUUUGCAGGACAGAUCUUGUUUGGCACUGAGAUAUUUAUUUGUUUAUUUAUUUAUCAGUGACAGCGUUCACUAUAAAUGGUGUGUUUUUUUAUAGAAGAUAAUUAUCGGAAGCAGUGCCUUCCAUAAUUAUGACAGUUAUACUGUCGUUUUUGAAUAAAGCAGCAUCUGCUAUUACAAUCAAAACAUGAUACUGGAACUUUGCAUUUAAAAUAAUCUAAACAGGCCCCUCAAAAGUUUUUGAAAACUAUCAAUUAAGCUUUCUGUGGCAAAAACACCUCUCUGGAAGAAACUUCAAGGUGUAAACCUGGUAGCGAGUCAUCAGGUUGUGCUCCAAAGCAAUCCUUGAAAUGCUAAAAACCUGGGUGGAAAUUCAAAUACUAGAAAUCUGGCUUCCCUCUGGUGUCCAUGCCCCUCCGUGGGCCUCGGACUCCCUCUUUGCCCCCCCUUUCUGGAUGCUGUGUGCCAGCAUGGGGAGCACAGCUUCCUUCCUGGCCCCAGUGGAGGGGCUUGUUGUGUAGCCCUGGCUCCACCCAUGGCAAUACACAAAAAACUUCUUGUACCUCAGAUUAGGCAUUGACCCAAUUUUAAAAUGGCAGCUUCCUGCAAACUUCCAGUACCUUAUGUAUCAUGAAACCUAACUGACAUUAUCGGAGGCAGUGUCUUCCAUAAUGUGUAAAGAACAAGGUAGUUUUUGCCUACCACAGUGUUAUAUCGGAGGCAGUGACCUCCAUAUGUUGCACUAUGGGUGUACGUAAUUAUCGGGGACAGUGUUUCCCAUAAUUGUUCUAUGCUUAUCCUGCAAUGUCAUCUGCAAAGCUUGAUGGUUAGUAUCUAACAUGGAUCAAUUUCCUGCAGCCCUAUUUUUUUCACUCUCCUGUGGUGAUGCAAAUACAAGCUUCGGUCUGUUAUGUACUUACCUAGACUCCUCUGUAGGCUGAAUUGUUUCAAAUAGCUGUGCUGUCUUGAAGUGGCUUCCUGCCUCCAGUCACGGAACUGGUGCUUGAAUGUUUAGUGGAAACUAGGCUAGUUAAACUGUGUGCUCUGUGAUUUAGUAAACUUCCUUCAAAUCAGUUACAAAAACUUGGGAAAUUAAAGUUGCAUGUAAAGCUUGGGGCUGACUGCUGUCUGGAAGGCUCUGGUUGCUACUCUAGAACAAUGUGCAUGCUAGUUGGGAGGCUGGGGUGCAUGCAUGGAAAGCUUCUUGUUCCCCAGAUCUCGCUGGAAACCUGUCUUGCCUCCUGGGUGUUGGGGUAGGGGGUAGAAAUCAGUGGCACCUCUCUCACAGUGCACCUCUGCUCCCUGACCUGGAGCUGAACACUGCUGCUGUGUGACACCUGUUAAGCUGUGCUGUCCCCAACCCUGUGCUCUGCAAACAAUGUCAUCUGCUGUUUAAACCUAACCCAAGUGAGUGACCUGAGCCCCAGCAGUAGUCCUUAAGGGACAGAGCAUUGUUCUGCUGGAACAGAGACCUGGGCUUCCACAAGGAACAGGGAAGAAAGAGCCCCAGCCUAGUUACAGAGCUCAGUGCUUACUAGCUUGGGGGUCUGGAUUUUCUUCCUUCUCUCUCCUUGCCCUUCCCUAACGGCCCUACUGUCUCUGAGGCAUGUGUAUGUUACCGUUUCCUGGUGACACUUCUCUGGAUGGCAUUUACGAGCUGCUGUCUGGGAGUCCUCACUGUAGUGUUUGCAUGCAUCUUUGUCAGGCUUAAUCAUGCGCUUUGUAGCCAGCAGAGAGAGACAAAGCCUGUCUCCUGGCUCGGCAGCACAGUCGUGACUACUGGGAUGUUGGGAUGCCUUCCUUGGUGCUGGCAUCUGACUGCUGUGGAGUGCUAAACUUUGUUUCUGGGUUAUCUGCUGUCUGCUUGAAUAAAGUUUUAAAGCUUGAACACUCA